AUGUAUGAUGAUAAUCAGUGGCAGAUUUACAGACUUACGAGGAAAGUUGCGGUUGGGAUGCGCUGCUUAAAUGACCCAUACCGAUUCCGCUACGUCGUGGUAAUCAGAAUGAAUCAAGUCGGAAUAAACCCUCCUGGCAUGUCGAAGCGCGUCUUUCAGAAUUUGGACGGGGAUCGUACCGGUACUAUGACACCAACGCAAGAGCAACUUGAAGCGCGAUGCGAAGGCGGCUCAGCACUUAUUGCGUCCAGAAGAGCGAAACGUACAGAGUCCCGAAAUCAUAUUACGAUUGUGACUGAGCGUAGAGAGUCAGGAAAGAGAAAUAACGGAAGAGACACCUCAAUUGCCGAGUGGUGUUUGAGAUCCUCCGCGGGGAAAGGCCAAAAGAUUAAGCAUUUAUCCCUCCGCACGCCUCUCAUCGGAGUCAACGCUGGAAUUCUCAACCUUUCAGUGGUGUAUCCAUCGCAAUGA